UAGUGGCUCCCAGCUGAUAAAUCUCAUUUUAUCUCAAUUAUUGCUAUUAGUAUUAGUAAACUGUCAGAUUUCGUUAUAGGUUCUAGCAUGUGAAAAAUGUGUUUAAUAAGAUGCAGUUAAUACCUUGUUUUAAGCCGCGCCCUUUAACCACAUAAUUAUAUGGAUCUCUGAAAUGAAUUCCUUUGUAAGACUGAAACAGGAUAACUAGUUGAAUUAUGGCUGUUCCUGGGACUGAACGAAAAGGAUCUUGCUUUUGGUGUUUAAAGGCUGUUAAAUGGAUACCUGUACUGUUCAUCAUUACCAUUGUAGCUUGGUCUUAUUAUGCAUAUGUUAUACAACUGUGUCUUAUUACUGUGGAAAAUACGAUCGCCCAGAUAUUCUACUUCAUAUUUUUCCAUUUAUUCUUCUUCAUGUUCUGUUGGUCGUACGCGCAAACAAUUUUUACAGACAUUGGAAGAGUGCCUAAUAAUUUUAGAUUAGCAGAAGCUGAUUUUGAAGCUUACUUACAUCACAAUGAUUCAUUGGAACUCCAGAAUAGAAUAUUAGAAAACUGUUCAAAAAAUUUACCUGUAACUAAUGUUACAAUAGGAGGAACUGUUAGGUUCUGCGACAAAUGUAAAAUGAUUAAACCUGAUAGAACACACCAUUGUUCAGUUUGUGGGGAAUGUGUAUUAAAAAUGGAUCACCACUGCCCAUGGAUAAACAACUGUGUCUGUUUUACAAAUUACAAAUUUUUUGUGCUAUUCCUUGGAUAUGCGCUACUUUAUUGCAUUUAUAUAUGCUUAACAUCUUUACCAUAUUUCAUCGCAUUUUGGAAGAUCAUGUUUCAGGGAGACCUACAAGGAAUGGGUAGUUUCCACAUACUUUUCUUGUUCUUUGUAGCAAUUAUGUUUGGCGUGAGUUUAAUGUCAUUAUUUGGAUAUCACUGUUAUCUAGUAUUAGAAAAUAGAACUACACUUGAAGCAUUUCGUCCUCCGAGUUUUCGCGGCGUUGGUGCCGAUAAAUAUGGCUUCCACUUGGGACGCUUCAAAAACUUUAAAGAAGUGUUUGGAGAAGAUGCAAAAACAUGGUUUCUCCCAGUCAGCACAAGUUUGGGUGACGGUAUUCAGUACCCUAUUCAUUCGAGGCUUCUUCAAGGUCCCACUUACUACUCUAUGGACAACACACAAAACAGUCUGGGAGAUGGAAUUUCAUUUCCUCAAAGGAACAUGGACGAAGACCAAGAAGGAUUACUUCAUGAACAUCCCUUUGACGAAGAAGAACUUAGGUACCCCUAAUUCUUCGAUUAUAUUUAUCUAACUUUAAGUUGGCUAAAGUGAUUAUGUGCUAAAUCCGAAUUUUUUACUUUAUGUAUAAAAAAUAUGCAAUGUAUUAAUUGCGAACUAUUAUUCAUAUUGGGCUAAAUGUACAUUGCGCAACCAUAAAUCAAGAGGGGCCUUGCCUAUUUUGAGCAGUUAGUUCAGCUAAACCAGUAUACUUAAAGAAGACCUUGUAUGUAUGAGUGUGUGAACUUUAGCAUUCCGUUAUAAAUUUUGUGAUUAUAACCCAUUGAUUGUUCUAUAAGAAAAUCUAGUCAUUUGUUCAUAUUUGCGUAUUUAGAUGAACCAUUUAGUAUUUGGUGUUUCCAAUAGUUUCCAUACUUUAUUGAACAUAGUACUUUAAAAAUUAUUAAAAUUAAUCGCAGUGCGGGCUAGUACAAUCUAUAUUUAUUUUUAUAGAUAAUAAACCGUCAAAAUCAAAA